AUGUCUACUAUGACCUUGCCUGACUCAACCACGCUUCAUUCCUCUCAGCAGUCGAUCCCUCCUGUUGAAACUCCUGGAGGCACGUCUAGUAUUCCGGAUGGACCAUUUACCUUUCGGCCCAUGAAGCCUCUGCCAUUUCGCGAAGCUACCAACACUAGGACUAGGGCCAGGACCAAGAUCAACCCCGACACCAUCACUGACGCAUCGUCUCAAGCCCAAAAAUCUACACCUCGCGAUGCUCGCGUCGAUGUCUCAACUAUCAGUCGUGCCAAGGGGCCAGCCGACGUGCAGGAGGAAGAAGACGAACAGGCCAGUUCAAAGCGUCGACGAACCGCCUCUUCUCCGGACGCCCCAGACACGCCUCAAACUAAAGCCUCCCAAGGACAAAAAAUCAUAAUCGUAGGCGGAGACGACGCCAUCUCGAGAACGGUCGUCAUCACUCUAGCCUCCGUCAUCCCGCCCACGUCCGUUCUGCAAUGGAACUUCAAACCAUCCUCCCGGACGGCCUUCACCCGCUCCUCCCCUUCCUCUUCCUCUUUCUCUUCCACAUCCUCGUUCUCAUCCUCGUUCUCGCUCUUCCCGGCAUCCUCAUACUUAUACUCAGACCUCCCAAGCAACGCCGACAAAUCCGUCGCCACCGCCGCCAGCGUCGCACUCACUACACUCAAGAACAAACAGCGAAUAGCGCAAUGGGCACGAUUCGGCAGCCUUGCGAAAGCGGCGGCGCAGGGGGCCUUAGUAGCCCAACCUCAACCACAACCUCAGCCUCAGUCUCCAGCUCAAUCUCAAUCUCAAUCUCAGUCGCAGUCUCAAUCCCAAUCUCAGCCUCAAGCUCGAUCUCAGUCGCAGUCUGAGGAAAGAAGAAAGGAGUCCUCGGCCGUGCCACACAGCUCGACGUCGUUAGCAAUCGCAUCGAUCGUAGCGGCCCUAGAGCUCGAGGUAUCCGAAUCGCCCUAUUGGACUCGCUCGAAGUAUCCCCUUGAUCUGGAUUCGGAAUCAUCGGAAGAAGAGGACGAGCCUUGA